GUGUGUCUGUGUGUGUGGGCAGAACCAGCCUGGUCGAGGGCGGGGAUUUGAGCCCAGCCACCAGCCCUUCAGUGAUAGCUUUCUUGUGCUGAUUGGCUCCCUAGGAAUCAGAGGCGUGCCCUUACCUUUUAAUAGAAAGGCUUCUGCAGCUUUGGGCUUUGGCUCAGACAAAGGCAGAGUCAGAGUGAGCGUGCUCAGCCCUUCUCUUUCUUUCCUGCCCUGCAGCCUGCAGCUGUGGCCUGCCCAGCUGCUGACAUUCUGCCCGGAUCUUGGUCUCUCUGGUCUCUCCGUGGCCCGGGGCUUUCAGACCACAGCGCCCAGGGUAUGUGACAGCCAUGCCGGUGGACACCCUGACUCCAGCUUCCCGGGACCCUCCGGCUCCCCCUUUCCGCCUUCGGACCAAGGUCCCUGGUUACCUGCUCCGGAGGCCAACCGAGAGUGGUGCCCGCAAGCCUAGUGCCGUGGAGCGCUUGGAGGCCGACAAGGCCAAGUACGUCAAGAGCCUGCAUGUGGCCAACACCCGCCAGGAGCCCGUGCAGCCCCUACUGCUGUCCAAACAGCCCCUCUUCAACCCGGGGACUCGCCGCACAGUGCUCACUUCCAGCCGCAGAGCUUUGCCUGGGCCUGGCCGCCGGCCCCAGCUGGACCUGGACAUCCUGAGCAACCUCAUCGACUUGUGCGAUACCCCCGUGUCCCCAGUCGAGGCCAGCCGUACCCCAGGAAGGGCAGAAGGAGGCCGCCAGGUCCCCCCGGCCACCCCACCACGCCCACCUCCUAGCACCACCGCCGUGCGCCGAGUGGAUGUCCGGCCCCUGCCUGCCUCCCCUGCCCAGCCUUGCCCAUCCCCAUCCCCAUCCCCAGGCCCAGCCUCGGCUGCCAGCCCGGCCAGGACCCCCGGUUUGCAGCGCUCCAAGUCGGACCUGAGCGAGCGCUUUUCCAGGGCAGCUGCGGACCUGGAGCGCUUCUUUAACUUCUGUGGCCUGGACCCCGAGGAGGCCCGGGGCUUGGGGGUGGCCCACCUGGCCCUGGCUAGCUCCGACAUCGUGUCCCUGGCAGGGCCCAGCGCUGGGCCAGGCAGCUCUGAGGGGGGCUGCUCGCACCGCAGCUCGGCCACCGUCGAGGGUGCUCGGGAGAGAGUCCCCUACGGGGUGUCAGUGGUCGAACGCAACGCCCGUGUCAUCAAGUGGCUGUACGGGCUGCGACAAGCUCGGGAGACCCCAGCGGCUGAGUGCUAGACUCUGUGAGAUCCGUUAGCCGUUGUGGAAGAGCUUUUUAGUCAGUCACUUGGGGCCGAGCAGAGCAUGA